AUGUCUCUCUCUCUCUCCGAGUUCAGCCAGGUCUUCAGAGAUUGGAAAGGACAUGUAGCUCGCAGUGAGCUAAUUCAAGUGCAUCGAAGCUGUGGCGAUGCUCCGGCGCGAAAAGCGAAAAUACUGGUGCGAGUCAAAAAGGGAGGGAGGGAGCAUCAUGGUUCGGGCCAAGAAGGCGAUGCCGAGACGGCACUCGCCUCAUUCUAUUUUUGGAUCACUUUGAUCUUUGACCUCUACUCUACCCGCGUCUUUUUCAUGAGAUUCAUUCCGCGACAGAAAGCUGAGACACAAAUAACGGUGCUAUGGCGACCUCUGCUAGGCUGGAACUGCAAUGAUAGAUCGUGUUUCUCAGAGAUGUUGGUGGUAGCCAUCAAAGAAUCAUUCUGGAUAGAUGCCCUUGCUCUUAUUACUCAUUAA